AAUCUCAUCUGUCCAGUAAUAAAGCCUCUUGCCAAAAGAUCGUGUGGGUGCGCGUGUCAGACAGCUGCUCCUCACUGACCUGAGAACUGUUGGAGGCUUGACUCACUACUACAGCUCUUGGUGCCAGACAGCUGCUCCUCACUGACCUGAGAACUGUUGGAGGUGUGACUCACUACUACAGCUCUUGGUGUCUCAUAGCUUCACCCGUGCUCACUUGCUUGCUUUCUCCAUCUGUCUCCAACCGACUCUCUUUGGAAUAAAAUCAUGCAUUUUGUUGGAGUUUGAUAUAGCUGUCAUGUCAUCUGGAUCGUUGGUGUUUGGUGUUUAGUGGUCAGGAUAGCGGUCUUCAGUUUGGUGGUCAGUCUGGCUGUCUUCAGUCUUGUCUUUACAUCAUGAACAAAUCAACUUUUAAUUUGAUUUGUUUAAUACUAUCAGGAGUUUUUAGUCUUGGCUCAUGCAAAUAGUGACAUGGCCAUUCUCAACAACCAAUAGGUGACUUCUCUCCAGUACUAAACAGGAAGUGGCAAAGUGAACAUCUCUGGUGUGUGGAGGAGACGUGGAGUAAACACCCUUGUCUUUUUCUAUUUGGCUGCUCUACCAGACCAAACCCCUGCACGGCUGUGGCCAAAGGCUGCUUCUGUUUCUGCUGUUUCUGUUCAACAAUUUCUAUUCUUGUGAUGAGCAUGAUGGGAAAUGAUCUCAGAAGGACUCACUUGCAGUCUUUCAAUAGUGAUCCUGCAAAAUCUCCAGUCUUUACAAAAAUGAUUGUCUUUUCAAAGUCUUCUUAUGUGUUGUGACGCUUCUUGCUCGCGCUCUCUCUCUCUCUCUCUCUCUCUCAUUUUCUUACUAACCAAACGGAAAAUGGGGAUUCUAUUUUUUACGCAAGCUUAGUCUGACCCACAGGAUGUACCCUUAUUUUCUGGGUAAGGUUAUCGUCUGAGGAUCAGCCUCGUCUGGAGCAGCUCACGGUACCCUGGGGGAGAAGAAUGUGGGGUUUGAUGUGCUCUACCACAACAUGAAGCACGGGCAGAUUGCCACCAAGGAGCUGGCCGAGUUUGUGCGUGAGAGGGCUGCCAUCGAGGAGACCUACUCUAAAUCCAUGAGCAAACUGGCCAAGAUGGCCAGCAAUGGAAGCCCACUUGGGACGUUUGCUCCUAUGUGGGAUGUGUUCCGGGUGUCAUCCGAUAAGCUCGCUCUCUGCCACCUUGAGCUGAUGAGGAAGAUGAAUGACCUCAUCCGUGACAUCAACAAGUAUGGUGAAGAACAGGUUAAAGUUCACCGAAAGACGAAGGAGGAGGUGAUGUGCACUCUGGAGGCCGUUCAGGCUCUGCAGGUGCAGAACGGCCACCUACAGAAGGCCAGAGAGGGUUACCACACCAGGUUCAUGGAGCUGGAGCGUCUGCGAAAGGAAGGAGCCCCACAGAAAGAGCUGGAGAAGGCUGAGCUGAAGUCUAAGAAGUCUGCUGAGGUGUUCGCAGCAUCAAUAGAGAAGUACAACCGUGCAGGAGGAGAAUUUGAGCAGAAGAUGAGUGACUCCGCACAGAAGUUCCAGGACAUUGAGGAGACCCAUCUGCAGCACAUGAAGCAGCUCAUCAAAGCCUACUCCCACUCCACUGAGGACACGCAUGUCCAAGUGGGACAGGUUCACGAGGAGUUUAAGCAGAAUGUGGAGAACAUCGCCAUCGGGAGUCUGAUCCAGAAGUUCACUGAGCAGAAGGGAACAGGCAAAGACAGACCAGCACCAGUGGGCUUUGAGGAGUACUUGUCCUCUCAGGUGUCUGACAACAAGAAGAGCCGCACCAAAGCCUUCCGCAUUCCUGGACUCGGAAAGAGGGACAAAGAGCCAGACUCCACGGAUUCUGUGCUUACAGAUGCCCCAAACUCACCCCUGGAAGUAGAUGACGAGGGCUUUGUGAUUCGUACCGAUGUCACUCAGAAUGGCUGUGCAGAGAAGGAGACCAACUUUUACUCCAGUGACUCGGAUUUUGACGAUGAGGAGCCCAAGAAAUUCCACAUCCAGAUUCGCCCUGUGGCCAGCGGUAACCAUAGCAACUCUGCAGCCAGUGAGCUUGAGCUGAAGGCCACGGUGGGGGCGUUGACCCUGCCCCUGAACCGAGCGGUCAGUAAAGGGGGCAGGACACAGGUUGCAGUGAAGAGGCAUCUGUCCCGAAACUCCAGCACAGUAGGCCGAUCAGAGGUGGAGACCAAUGGCGCCCCCCACAGGAACGAGGAACAGGAAGGUUUGCGCAGGUCCAGCCCAGACCACAGCAGGUCAAAGAUGCCUGGGACAGAUUCUCUUUUCGGCCCUCCUCUGGAAUCCGCCUUCAAGUCUAUGAGCUUCUCUAGCCGUGCACGUGUUCAGAGCUCCUUCCCCUCAUCUGAGUACGCGGCUUUCUCAUCAGACUCCUCGUCUCCCGAGAACGUGGAGGACUCCGGCUUGGACUCACCUUCCCAUCAGCCCCAGGGAGCGUCUCCAGACCCCGCUGGCUGGGCGGCCUGGCCGUCGGCCCCUCGGCCUAAAGACCCUGCGACCUUGGGGUGCCCACCCGACCCCUUUCUCGCUGUGUUUCGUGACCCCUCCCCCGGGCGCUCCACCCUCUCCUCAGAUGACCCUGUCAGCGCAUGGUCGUCAGGGAAGCGGUCGCCCCGGGCGCCCCCUGACACAGACACCUCCACCUUCGCAUUCCCCGCCUUCCCCUGCGUCCUGCCUCCUCCUGACCUGGAGCCCAGCGUGUGGAGCUGCAAACACAUUCCUCCGGACCCCUUCCUGACCGCGUUUGAGUGCCCCGCCCCCCAGGAGAUCCGCCCCCCUGCUCCAGAUGCCUGGGCACCUCCGCUGCCGGACUCCUUCACCACACCUUUGAACGACACUAAAACUCUUCCUCCUCCGUCGUCUUCUUCCCGCAAGGACAGGAAUAAAAGGCGGGACCGUAGCGUCCCGCCUCCUGACUCUACCGACGACCCUUUCGCCAUCACCAUGAUUGGCAGCCCGACGCACCAGUCCACGCUGGCAGCCACUCAGGGAGUGGGCGGCGGCAACAGGUCAGCACCUGCCCCUAACCCCGCCCUCUCUGCGCAGCUGAAGAAGGAGGCGGUGCAGUGGGGCUCAGUGCACAACCCGUUCAGCGGGACAUCGCGGGAGCGGGACGCCACGCAGGACUGGAGCAGGAAGCCGAGCAGGAACGGCCUGCCCCUCACACGCCACUCCGGACCACAGGAGGACCUGUGCUUCUCCACAGACAAGGACCAGGACUGCCUGGAUAUCACACACCCUGGUCCUCAGCGUGUCUUCAGGCAGGACAACAGUGAGUGUUUUGUCUUGGCCCCUCCCCAGACAGUCCGGUCCAAGCGUUCCUCAGACAGACUGAGUGGCUGUGAGCGGUCCCGGUCCCUGUGUUCGUCCCCGCUGCCUGAGCUCAGCCCUCCACCAACAUCCUCAUCCUCAUCAAGUCCCAGCGAAUGGGGAGGACAUACACGAGCCACGAGUCCUGCCAGAGCAGGUCUGUCCCGAGGACCGAGCCCUGUCUCUCUCGGUGCUCAGGAGGCGUGGCCUGUUGCUGCCGCCAUUACCGAGUACAUCAACGCCUACUUUAAAGGAGGCGAACACAACCGCUGUCUGGUGAAGAUCACUGGAGACCUCACCAUGUCAUUUCCUGCUGGAAUCACUCGUAUAUUUACUGCCAACCCUAACAUACCCCUGCUGAGCUUCCGAUUGGUCAACAUCUCUCGGGUGGACCACUUCUUACCCAAUCAAAAGCUGCUCUACAGCGACCCAUCCCAGAAUGACCCAGACUCCAAAGACUUCUGGUUCAACAUGCAGGCACUGACCUUUCAUCUACAGAGAGAGGCGGAGCUUAAUCCUCAGGCCUCCUACUACAAUGUGGGCGUACUGAAGUACCAGGUGUCGUCUCAGGACCCGGCUCGGGCUCCGCUGCUGCUCUCGGCAGAGUGCCAGCGAAGUGGCACAGUGACGCGCAUCUCCCUCGACUACCACUGUUGCCCGGCAACUGCCCCCGCCACUCAACUGACGGCUGUACAGGUGCUGCUGCCACUUGACCACACUGCUACCGACCUGCAGUGCCAACCUCCAGCGUCUUGGAACGCAGAAGAGCGGCGACUGCUGUGGAAGCUGCCCAACCUCUCACCCACCAAUCACAGCAAAGGCUCUGGCACGCUCUGUGCCAGUUGGCAAUGCCUGGAGGUGCCCCGUGGUCCUCCCCCGAGUCUGGCCGUGCAGUUUGUGGGGUGUGGGGCGUCCCUCUCUGGCAUGGACGUGGAGCUGGCAUCCUCCCGCUACCGUAUGUCUCUGGUGAAGAAGAGAUUCGCCACGGGGAAAUACAUGGCAGGCUGUUCGUUGUGAGCAAGAAUGGGCCUAGCCGUCCCCACAUUCGCACUUUUUACAAACUCGACCAGGUCGGAGAGCCAGGGGCCAUGCACGGAAUCUGGCCAUUACCCACAAUACCCUGCUCUGUGAAGACUCUAGCCACAGGGCAUGCAGCUGGUAAUAGCUACUCCCAAGGAACUGCUGGGGUUGGCCUGGCCCUGUUUUAACCCUGUGGCGCCUGUCUGACUGCUUUCUUUUGUGUUACUUGUUCAUUCUGUGUGCAGUGUGUCCUGUGUAUUUUGACAUCUCUAUUUGGAAACUGGAUGUAAGGGUUUUUCCUUUUUCUGGAAAUUUCUAGUGACUGAAGUUUGAACGUAUAUAAUAUGGAAGAGUACUGGAAUGAUGCUGCCAUGACAACAGUGGUCUUGUUCAUGUUACUUAGGAAAAUUUAAUAUUAAAAACUUUGUAAUGUUA